UGUGGAGGAGAGAAAGAGAAUGCGGGACUCUUGGAAAAGACGCAUCUACACUCGGUCCAUUAGCGAGACAUCCUUCCCCAGCACGAGCACCGACGGAAUUACGCUUGAUUGAUGCUGAUGUCGGGAUGUCUUUGUAGCCUUUUGGAGAGAGAGUCUAACCCUCGGUUUAUUGCUUCAUUCAGAAAAAAUCUGAAAAACUCGCUCUGAAAAACACUCUUGUCUCCUCAUAACUUGCGUGAGGGAAUCCGACGGCUUGGCACGUUGCUCCACUGCGGGAAAAGAGGGAAAACGCAACUGGCUCUGCCUGAAGGAUGGAUUUUUUUUAUCUUUAUGCCGUGAACAGCCCGACAAGACAGCGGGAUUAUUAAUAUAGACACAGAAUAACCACUAUUGAGCAUAAGGGGGGAGAAAAAAGAACACUGCACCACUGAAGUGAACUACAGCGUGAGUGCAGAAGCUUUUUCCCGGACCUCAGGCGGCAGUCUGCAUAGAGCGGGAGGGAGUGGGAGAGAGGAAAGACAAAAUCAAAGAAUCCCGCUGUGAGGAACACAAGCAGACGACGAAACACCAAUAAAGGAGAAAAACACCACAGCUAGAAGACCGGCGGAGCGGGAGGGAGAGAGGGAGAAGAGGAAGGAGCCAUGCAGAGGCUUGGUGCAGUGCACUCCUCCGCGGCGGAGGCUCUCAGCCUCGUGGUCUUACUGCUGCAGCUGCUGACUCAGCUACCGUGUGCCGACUCAGCUCUCCGAUACCGGGUGGCGGAGGAGGGCCCACCUGACGUCAAGAUUGGCAAUGUGGCCGCUGACCUGGGCCUUACAGCAGGUACUGGCACUGGGGAUGUCACCUUUGCCCUGGAGAGUGGCUCUGAGUAUUUCAAGAUUGACAAUGUGACAGGCGAGCUGACAACAGGCCCACGACGAAUCGAUCGAGAGAAGCUCCCUCAGUGCCAAAUGAUAUUUGAUGAAAAUGAGUGUUUCCUGGAUUUUGAGGUGUCAGUGAUUGGGCCAUUGCAGAGCUGGGUGGACCUUUUUGAAGGCCGUGUGGUCAUUACAGACAUCAAUGACAACACCCCCUCCUUCCCCUCCCCAGUGCUCCAGCUCUCAGUUGAAGAGAACCGUCCAAUAGGAACCCUUUAUCUGCUGCCCACAGCAACAGACCGUGACUUUGGGCGAAAUGGGAUUGACAGGUAUGAGCUCAUCCAAGAUGGUGGAGCCACCUCAGGUUCAACAAGGCGCACAGCAGGGGGAAGCCCCAUAACCAGAGUAGACGGGGGACUUGGAGACAGGAGGAGUAGAAAUGGAGAUAAUGCAGGAGGAGUCAGGAGUAGCGUGUUUGAACUUCAAGUAGCAGAUACACCAGAUGGUGAAAAACAACCACAGCUAAUUGUGAAGGGCCCAUUAGAUCGUGAGCAACGUGACUCAUAUGAACUUGUCCUUCGGGUUCGAGAUGGAGGGAACCCACCUCGUUCCUCCCAAGCUCUGCUUCGUGUCUCUAUCACUGAUGUGAAUGACAACAGCCCACGCUUCGAGAGGGCCGUGUAUGAGGCAGAAAUGGCAGAAAAUGCACCACCAGGAACACCUGUCCUUCAGGUCAGAGCAUCAGACCGUGAUGUCGGAGUCAACGGGCAGGUGGAGUAUGUCUUUGGAGCUGCCACUGAAUCCGUGAGACGUCUCCUGCGGUUGGAUGAGGCAUCUGGAUGGCUAAGUGUCCUCCACAGGAUCGACAGGGAAGAAGUGGCUCAACUCAGAUUCACAGUAAUGGCCAGGGACCGAGGUCAGCCACCUCGCACUGACCGAACCACUGUUGUUUUGGCCGUCCGAGAUGAAAAUGAUAACGUCCCUGUUGUGGAGAUCCGAAAGAUUGGCCGAAUCCCUGUUCGAGAUGGAGCGGCCUUAGUACCAGAGAAUGUUCUGGUGGACACCCCAGUAGCUCUGGUCCAAGUGUCAGACCGAGACCAGGGAGAGAAUGGAGCUGUGACAUGCACAGUGGUAGGAGAUGUCCCAUUCACGCUGAAGCCAGCUGGAGAAACUGCACUCCCGCCCCUGCCUGCAGAUGAAGCCUUCGACAGGAACAGGAAAAAAUACUUCUUACAUACUUCAGCCCUGUUGGACUACGAGGCCACCAAAGAGUACAGCGUUACCAUUGUGGCAGUAGAUUCUGGAAGCCCCAGUCUGUCUAGUAACAGUUCACUCAUGGUGCGAGUGGUGGAUAUCAAUGAUCACACCCCAACCUUUGCCCAGAGCGUUGUGGAGGUUCACUUCGCUGAGAACAACUCACCUAGUGAGAGAGUGGUCACUGUGGUGGCCACAGAUGCAGACAGUGGCAAGAAUGCAGAGAUUGCAUAUUCCCUGGAUCCUUCAAUUAAUGGACCAUUUUAUAUAGAUGCAGAAAAUGGAGAUAUCCGUGCGACAGGGGUUCUUGAUCGUGAGCAGCGGGAGAGGUAUGAGCUCCGGGUUAUUGCCAAAGACAAAGGCACCCCCUCUUUACAGGGAUCAGCAACUGUUGUUGUUCAGGUGACAGACCGUAAUGACAAUGCACCAAAAUUUGUUCAGGAAGUUUUCACGUUCUAUGUCAAAGAGAAUCUUCUUGCCAACAGCCCAGUCGGCAUGGUCACCGUCACCGAUGCUGAUGAAGGCGAGAAUGCAGAACUUAGCCUGUUUGUAGAAAUGGAUGGAGAUGAAGAGAAGAGGACAGGUGGGGGUGGAGGGGGAGAGAAGAGCAAGGGUGAGGAUGGAGAGAAAGAACAAGAAGAAGUGUUUUCUAUUGAGAACAACACAGGAACAAUCUUCUCCUCUGCAUCGUUUGAUCGUGAAAAGCUUUCUGCCUAUACCUUCCGUGUCCGGGCUGUGGAUGGAGGGGAGCCUCGCAAAACUGCCACCGCCACUGUCUCGCUCUUUGUGACAGAUGAAAAUGACAACGCCCCCUCCAUCACCUCUCCUGCCAAUGAGUCUUACACUCUUCUUCCACCGGCCAGCAGUGCCCGGACCAUCGUUCGGACAGUUACAGCCACAGACUCAGACACAGGCCCUAAUGCAGACCUUCGCUAUGCCCUGGUGGGGGGGAACCCUUUCAGACUGUUUGAGAUUGGCCACACCAAUGGGGUGAUCACCCUGGCAGAGCCUCUGGAGAGGCGCCAUAGAGGGUUACAUCGCCUGGUGGUGCGGGUCAAUGACAGCGGGAUCCCCUCUCUCUGCGCCACAGCCCUCGUUCAUGUCUUCAUCAAUGAGAGUUUGUCCAACGCAACACUGGUGGAUGCACAGGUGGCGCGUAGUCUGAUGGCUCCACUGUCCCUGGAUAUUGCAGGAGACCCUGACAGUGAGCGGGCAUUAGGGAAACAGCGCCUCAGUGUGGCUAUAGGUGUCCUAGCGGGAGCAGCAGCAGUGAUCCUGGUAAUUCUGCUGGUUGUCACAGCACGCCAAUGUGGUGCUCAAGGCAAGAAUGGCUAUGAGGCUGGAAAGAAGGAACCAGAGGAAGACUUCUUCAGUCCCCAGGGGGCUCAGCCACAGGCCAGCCGUGGUGGGGGAUCAGACCGGGGACGAAAGCCUCGCAAGGACAAACGCAGCGGAAGUGGCAGCAGUGUGGCCGUGGGAGGAGGGAAGUCAGACAGAUCACUCUACAGUGGUAUCGUCACAGUGAAUGGGCUGCGUCGCCACACCAACGAUGAUGAUGAGGAGGAUGUCAGCAGUGCAAGUGAGCGCCUGGCAGCCCGUUACUGUUCCAUGGACGGUGACCCAGGAAGCCCACGGAUGGGCGGAGGCAGGAGGCACCAGUCGAGCCCUGAUCUGGCCAGGCACUACAAAUCCAGUUCACCGCUCCCAGCAGUGCAUCUUCAGCCCCACUCGCCCCCAGCAGAGGGCAAGAAACACCAGGCCGUCCAGGAGCUGCCCCCCUCCAACACGUUUGUGGGCAGUGGGGGAUGUGUGGGGAGUGCAGGUUCCAGCAGCAGCAGUAGUGGAGGCAGUGGCAAUGCAGAUGCCAUGUCCCUGGGAUCUGACCAGUGCUCAGAGUAUGGCUGCCAGACCGGGAACAAGUACAGCAAACAGGGGACCCUUCGUCGGGUGACCUUCUCAGUAGUCAGCCAGCCCCAGGAUGGCGGUUGUUAUGACAGCGGCCUGGAGGACUCAGAGACACCGAGCAGCAAGAGUUCCUCAGGGCCGAGGCUGGGGGCUUUGCCGCUUCCAGAGGAGGGAUAUGAGCGGACCACACCAGAGGGCAGUGUUGGGGAGGAGGAGCACGUGGAGAACGAUGCCAGACAGUUGCCAGACGUCGCUCUGACUGGAAAGUGCACCAGGGAGUGUGAUGAGUUUGGCCACUCUGACACUUGCUGGAUGCCCGUUCGCCCGUCACCUCGCCAGCGCCAGCGCCACGGCAGUGACCCCCCACGGCUCUCCACCUUCGCCCCAGGAGAUGACAACAACAAUCUUCGUGGUAAUGACCAGGAGAGUGAUAGUGAGAGCGCUGGCAGCGCAGGGAGCUCCGAACCCGGGGUUGUGGUUAGCGGUGGUGGUCAGAGGUUACCCUUAGCCAAUGGGGAUCCUCUCAGCACGCUAGGGAGUGGAGACCGCAACAGGAAUGUGGGCGACCACAACCGUAAUCUCCUGAACCGGAAGAUGACCUCAGCAUCCUAUGAUACAUUUAGCAGUGCUGGCUUCGGGAGGCGCCAACCAGAAGACGAUGGAGGGGAAGGCCAGAACCCACCCGAGGUCAUACCACUGACGCGGACUGGAGGGGACUACAAGACCACGUCCUGCCUCACGUUGUCACGCCGCGAAGUCUACCUGUGACGGCCCUGCGUUGGAGCGAUCCACCCCAUAGCUCCCUGUUCUUUGAAUCGGGGAGGGAUCGGUCCAUGCUGAGUUUAGACUUUACUGGCAAGAGUAUGCAGUCAUCAAGAAAGUGUGCAAGGCCUUUUAAACCUGUGAAGAUGUGAAAACGUCAGAAAAGAGGUUUCUCAAAAGUCAUAUCAAACUGGAUCUUUUGGAUUCUGACUAAUAACUCUUGGCAGCACUGUGACCAGGAGUACUUUCUAACGUGAAUUCUUUUUAUAGCUACUAGUUAAGGAGCUAGCUACUAGUGAGGAUCUUGCCCAUGGACAAAGAUCCUCUUAUGUCCAUGUGGAGGAGGACAGCUUCAUCUCCUCAUCUUUUUACCUGAAUUCGAUGCAUGCCUGACCUCCAAUAGGGGAUUUGUGUGAAGAAAAGAGAGAUAGAGGAUGACUAAGUCCUGAUGCUAUAAAUGCCUCAGUACAAACAAAAACUUUCACUGAGGCUGCAGCAAGCACGAUUUGAACUCAACGAGUGAACCAGAUGCUGAAAAACCAUUGUGGUCUUAUCCAGUGAAUAUGGAUGAAAAGAUGUGAUGAGUUAUUUGGAUGUAACUCAUAUCAAUCAAACUUUCAAAUGCCUAGUCAAGAUGGUAAGAUGAAACAAGGAUAUUAAGCAAUCAAACUGCAACAAAAAACUGCAAUGACCGCGCGAAUCUAAAACAUUAUCAACAGAAUAUCAGUGUACAAACAAAUGUGGCUCUUGUACAGUAACAAAAAGGGGGGGAAAAACCAACGCUGAUCUCAAAAAUCAGGUAUUUCCAAAAAUACAUAGUGAAAUCAAAAAGAACUCGAGCAAAAAGGAAAAUAAAGACUAUUUUUUACAGUAACCAAUUGUAACCAUUCGGAAUACAAGGUCGUCAUUCAGCGUCAGUAGUGCCACAGUAUUCCAGUGUGUGAGAAAAAAUAAUGUGUUGAUCUUUUUGCCUUCUCACCCAGUCUGUAUGUAUAUAUGUGUGUACUGGAAAAAUGGCAGUGUUACCGUUCUACUGCUGUCCACCAUUGCUAAGAUGCUGAACUCAUUGCUUGCCUACAGUAUUCUAACAGACGCACCCAGUGUUCAUGUAUCAUAAAUGUUCUUUCACACACACACAUACACAUGCACACACACACACAAGCAUGUAACAAACUCCUACAAUGCAUUUACAGAUCAUGAAAAUACAUAGGGCCACCCAAUUUAUGACAUGAUGUAGUGGCCAUUUAACAUUAAGUAUAUUACAACUUGUAUCACCAUAUACUGUGUACAUCUGUACAACAUUUAACACACACACACACACACACACACACACACACACAGUGCACAAAAAGCACAUUAAAACAAAAGUACAAACACAAACCCACAUACAGAUAUGCGCAAAUUCAUAUGCACUAUGUGUGUAUGUGUUUUUAAUCAUAAUUUUAACAUAUUGCCUCAUAGAACUAGCUGUAGCAUUUUGCCUGCUCCCUUCCAGCCAGUAUUUAAACAUGAAAUGUAUUUAAAUAAUUAUUCAUCUUUCUGACUGCAAUGUGGGGUUACAUUAAAGGGAAUUUCAAUGACAUCUAUGUAAAGAUAGACAUUUUUGGAAUAUGAAAUAUUCCACAUACUGUAAGUAGCUCUCAGAAAAACCAAAUUUCAGUAAAAAAAAAAAAAUAAUACAAAAAAUACAAAAAAGAAAAAGGACUUGCAUGAAAGAAAGAUAACGGUAAUUGGGGUUUGUUGUUUUUUUUUUUUUUUUUUUUUUGAAAACCACACGCCUUUUUGGAUACUACGCCUAUUUGGAUACAUGUGUACUGUAUGUGUGCACAUAUGGGGAAAGGGAGAUAAUCGUGGGAGCGAGGGAGUCCGUUUCAGUGGUUCAAAUUGUUCCAGUUUUAUCUUUGAGAGAGGAUAGCGUAUCCUUGGGCCUUUCUUUUUGUUUCCAGUGCCUGAAUUUGGCGCGAAGUGUGCCGCAGGCUGAAACAAGAACAUACUGUAGCGGGAGCGCAGAGUUCUGUUGCUAUCCUUCUCACCAUACAGUGCCGACCUGAACACGCCCAUACUGCUGUGCUGGCCCACACAGAUAACAGACUCCUUCUUCACAUUUGUCCUUCCCAGCAGCUACAGUAUGACUCCAGACACACUCUGCUGCACUGGGCUGGAGCGUGGGUGUGGAUCCAGGCCAGCACAUCUUAAUUCCCAUCAUCAAUGUGUGGUUCAGUGGUGUGAUAGGGAUAAUAGGGUUAGGUCGUCCCAGUAGUCUUAAUGAGUUUCCUUUCUCCUCUCCUCCUCCCUUGAUCUGCACUGAUCUCAUUAAUGUCUGGAUAGGGGAAUGUAACACUGCUGAAAAUUGCCAGUGAGUGUGCUUCUUCAUUUGCCUAGUUCUUACCAAUCAGAUGAGGAGGAGAUAUGCUUGUUAAGGAAGGACUGUAAUUUAGGUCAUAGAUCUUUAUAUAGCAUGGAGCCUAGAGUCUAGAGCCUAUAGAGUUAGUCAGCAACUGUAGUGUUUAGUACACACCGACACUCAGGUAAGAUGUGCCACAAUGUUUUAACCUACUAAGUAGCUACCCGGUAGGUUUUCUCUAUGACCACACACAAAUCCACACAGUUACUGCUUUUCUCUCCCUUCUUACAAAGACAAUAUGUGGUGUGGCCACAGUGGUAUAGUGCCUAACAGGAAUCGGGUGUAUCUUUCAUUUACUAUAGGCCAAUGGUAAUUUGGCUGAUAUCUGGGUGUACCUAAGGUGUGGAUAUACUGUGCACACCCUAAACUACACUACUGUGUGCCUGGCACUCUUUGGCUCGUUUUGGCCCACUGAUCCACUCCCCUGCCCCUAUCCCCCCUCCAAUGUGGCUGUUGACUGAGCUUCAUCACUGCUGGACUGUGCUGAGGAUAUAUUAAAAAAAAAAAAAAAAACUCAAGACCCUACAUUUUGAGUAAGUGUAUUGAGAAGAUUUGAGAAGCAUCACAGCUUAAAUCUAGUGUAUGUUCAAAGGGAUUGGUCAAACAGUUACAACAGCCGACUGGGUCUGUACACUGCAAGAGACAGACGUACACACACUCUCCAUCUCUUGGUCAUUAAUCUUAGCUGGUAGGUUAGGUGUGUCUCAAUCCCUGGACUCCAGAAAGGUCCUGAAGAACUGAGGCCAGUUCAUAAGUUUUAUGAAGAGACUCUUGAUACAGCCCUGCCUCUUCAAAGUGGCAGAUAUUUCUUCAAACUGCUGUUUUAUGGCAGUUCCUUGAUGGCACCUUUCAAAUCCUCAGAUGGACUUAAGGGAACCUACUGUACAUGAAUCUGUGUGGGUGUGUAUCUUCCUUUUUUAUACUGCACGUUUAAGCAAGAAUAUGUUUCCGUCAACUGCAAACAGAGAGGGGAGACAGAAAAAGAAGAAUGUCAUGUUUGAGAUCUAUCAUCUGCUAGUCAGGACAUUUUGAAAAACAGACAUUCAAAGGGACAUCAAAUACUUGUCGUCCCCCUCCUGCUGUUACCCUUAUAGCCAUGUACAGAUAAAACUACGCUGUAGAACAGAGAACUGGGAAACCAUAACAGACUAUGGCAUGCUUAAGGUCUUCAAUUCUGCACUUAAAAAGAAAAUGAAAAAACUUUUAUUUUUAUUUCCUCUUCUUUGUUUCCUUUCCUCUCGUGGAGCUGGCUGUGUUUUCUGCUGCUCCUUUACUGUAAUUACUUAAUGAACUAAUUGCAUUUGCUAUGACAAGGAAGAAGGGGCAUUGUCAACGAAUGGUUUGGUAUGAAGAUGAAUCAUGUAAAAGUUUGACUUUGACAUUAAAAACUUCAAACAC